AUGGUCCGCCUCCGCGAGAUCCAACGCACGGCGGUCUUCACCUGGUCGCCUGGAGCCGGAGCACCGCUUGUGGCCACAGGCACUCGGACUGGCGCGGUUAACGAUGAUUUUUCAGACGAAGUCAAGUUGGAGCUCUGGGACCUCGCUUUGGAGCAAUUGAACCACGACACUGAAUUGAAGCCAGCUGGCAGCAUCACGACUGAUGCGGGGUUCAACGAUAUUGCCUGGAGCGAACCGACGAAGGAAUAUCCCCUUGGUGUCAUUGCAGGAGCUCUCGAAAAUGGUUCCGUGGAUCUGUGGGACGCUCAAAAGCUACGCGACGGAGCCAGUGAUGCCUUCAUCUCGCGAACGACCAAACACACCGGCAGCGUCAAAGCUUUGCAAUGGAACCCUUACAGACACAACCUUCUCGCUUCGGCGGGCGCGAAAGGUGAGAUCUACAUCUACGAUCUGGGUAACAUGGCCAACCCAUACCGGCUGGGCGCAAGUGUAGCAAGAGCAGACGACAUUGAGUGCUUGGACUGGAACAAGCAGGAGAAGACGGCACACAUCUUGGCCACUGGUAGCAGUGGAGGCUUUGUGACUGUUUGGGAUGUCAAGCAGAAGCGUGAUAUUUUGACCUUGAACAACCAAGGCCGAAAAGCUGUCAGUGCUGUUGCGUGGGAUCCUGAGGAGAGCACGAAGCUUGCCACAGCCACUUCGAACGACCAGGAGCCAUUGAUCUACUUGUGGAGUCUGAGGAACAGCAGCGCGCCGGAGCUGACGCUGAAGGGUCAUGAGCUGGGUGUGCUGAGUCUGUCCUGGUGCAUACAAGAUACCGGGCUUCUGCUAUCGUGCGCCAAGGACAACCGUACAAUCUGCUGGAACCCAAAAACUGGCGAGCAAUACAGCGACUUUGCAGGCGGGUCAAACUGGGCAUUUCAGACGAGGUGGAAUCCGCACAAUCCAAGCCUGGUAGCAAGUGCCUCCUUUGACGGCAAGAUCGUGGUUGCGACUAUUCAGAGCACCAACUCGAAAGCAGAAGAUCAGGCUGCAGCGAACAACAACCUCGAUGGCGAGGACUUCUUCGCCAAAGCACAGACACAACCUCAGAGCAUCACGUUCAACAUUCCUAGAGCACCCAAAUGGGCUGCACGACCGGCCAGCGUUGCUUUCGGCUUCGGCGGAAAGCUUAUCAAAGUCAGUUCCGAUGCUUCCCGAAAGAGUACUGUCACCAUUGAUACCUUCUCUGUCGAUGCUUCGGUCAGUGAGUCCACGAAGAAGUUCGAGGAGCAGCUGAACGGAGGCGAUUUGGCAGCCAUCUGCGCCAGCAAGAUCGACGAGGCCAAGACGGACGAAGAGAAAGCGGAUUGGCAAGUGAUUGAGACUUUGAACGCCGGCAAGUCAAGGAAGAAGCUCAGACAGCACUUGGGCUUUGGCAGUGAUGAGGAUGAUGUCCUGGCCAAGGAGACCGAAAAGCUCGCCAUCAAUGGAGACUCUGCUAAAGCUGAGAUAAACGGUGACAAGGACGACUUCUUCGGCGAUGGAGCAGACAGCGACAACUUCCUCGCAGACCUCGCCGCUUCAAAGGGCACCAAGACGAACAACCCAUUCCACAUCUACACAUCCUCUGAAUCAAGCGCAGAUAAGAGCAUCACGCAGGCGCUGAUGCUUGGCGAAUUUGAAAAAGCUCUUGACAUCUGUCUGAAGGAGGACCGAAUGUCGGAUGCCUUCAUGAUCGCGGUGUGUGGUGGACAGAAGUGCAUUGACAAGGCGCAGACUGCGUAUUUGAAGAAGAAGUCCAACGGGCCACACUAUCUGCGACUUCUUGCCAGUAUCGUUGGGAAGAAUUUGUGGGAUGUUGUGCACAACGCGGACCUCAGCAACUGGAAAGAGGUCAUGGCUACUUUGUGCACCUAUGCUGACGAAACUGAGUUCUCCGACCUGUGCGAAGCGCUUGGAGAUCGUCUGUCGGAGGCUUACCAGACCGAAGGUGGCUCCGAGACCCUGCGCCGAGACGCAUCUUUCUGCUAUCUUGCGGGAGCCAAGCUCGAGAAGGUCGUCAACAACUGGGUCGAGGAACUGAAACAGCAAGAGCAGGCAAGCCUUGAGAAAUCAGAGGACGACAACUCCUUCUCUGUUCACGCCAAGUGCUUGCAGGACUUUAUCGAAAAGGUGUCCGUGUUUCGCCAGGUCACCAAGUUCCAGGAUAGUGAGAUUCAGUCUACUGCCGAUUGGAAGCUUGCUCCGCUCUACAGUCUGUACGCGGAGUAUGCGGAGAUUCUCGCUGCCCAUGGUCAGCUUUCAAGCGCGGAAAAGUACCUUUCAUUGCUGCCUGCGCAGUACAAUGGCGCAGAGUCGGCUCAGCAGCGAAUCAAGCAGGCCACGAAGAAGACUUCGGGUGCGACCAACUCGCGGACUGCUGCAACGCAACGCACUGCAGCUCGCGCCCAACCGGCCGUCCCAGCUUUCCAACCAGUCCAGUCAGCGCAACCAGCGCAGCCUCUGAUCAAUCAAGCUCGCAAUGCUCCAUCGCCAUAUGCUCCAGCUGCGCCAUCCGCUCCAGCACAAUCAAUGUCAAACCCAUACGCACCGGCCACGAAUGCGUAUGCUCCUGCCGGCUAUCAACCUCCGCAACCCUCCGCCGCUCCAUACGGUCAACCUGCGGCAUAUGGAGGAUAUGCACCUCCCCAGCAACAAGCGCCACUUGCUCCACCUCCACGAGCAGGGACGGUCUCGCCCUCUGCGCCUCCACCACCGGCAGCUAGGAAUGUUGGCGAUUGGAACGACAUGCCCGAGGGCUUCCUCAAGGGACGUCAGCAAAAUUCGAGGAGAGGGACACCUGGUCCUCAGGCAGUAGGCUCACCAUUCCCCAACGCCGUACCAAACCCAAUGUCUCCCCCACCGCCACAAGCGGGUCAAUAUGGGAUGCAAAUGGCGUCUCCGCCUCUACCUCCACCACCAAAGGCUGGCGAAGCACCAUCAAGGAUCAUGUCCCCUCCGGGACCGCCACAGCACAUUCCGCGACCACCGUCGGCUGCAGCUAGUGCAUACGCUCCACAGUCGCCAUCGCAGCCCAUGCCGCCAAUGCCGGGCUCGACGCUCCCUCCACCGCAAGCACACGCUCCCGUACAGCGCGGUGCGUCGCCAUAUCAGCCUCCUCCAUCCACCUCCUCGGCAGCUCCAUCCAGCAGAUACGCUCCAGCACCAGGGUCGCAGCAAUCGCAGGCUCCAGGUGCAAUGCCUCCGCAGAGGAAUGUCGCGCCUAACCCAUACCAGGCACAGCAACCGCCUCAAUCUCCCUACGGCCAGCCUCCACAAGCGACGGGACCUCCACCGCGAGCGGGUCCGCCACCUUCUGGUCCACCACGAGCAGCUCCUCCGCCGAGGCAAGCUUCCACCGGCCCACCACCUCCGGGUCCUCCUCGCGGUCCUGCGACGCCUGCCGCCGCUCCAACUCCUCCGCCCGCCGCCGCUUCUGCCAAGCCAUCCUACCCACGUGGUGACCGAUCUCACGUUUCACCCGAGGCUCAGCCUAUUGUGGAUCUUCUCACACCAGAGGUCGCUCGUAUUACUGCCGUGGCUCCUCAAGCCUUCAAGCCGCAGGUCGAGGACAUGGACAAGCGAAUCAACAUCCUGUUCGAUCGUCUCAACAACGACGAUCUGCUCAAGCCUGAUACUGUGCAGCAGAUGGUCACAAUCUCGCAGCAUGUCUCGCGAAAGGAGUGGGAUCAAGCGCAGGCUUUGUUCACGGAGAUGCAGACGGCGAAGUUGGAGUCGGAGGGAACGCACUGGAUGGUUGGCAUCAAGCGCCUCAUUGCUAUUGGGCGCGCCACGAAGACAUAGAUCUGCUAGCAUCAAUGAGAGAAGAGGCAUGAGGAGAUGUGUGAUGCGACAGAGACAGCUUCGUUAGCGGGCUACCUUAGGAUAGACGGAGUAGAUUCACAACGACGAUUCGAGUGCUCGUUAUUUGG